AUGGUGGGCGCGGAGGCGUUCCGACGGGGGCUGCGGUUCAGGAGCCACCUGCCUGGGGAGUGCAUGGCGUCAGAGUGCAGCUUGUUGUGCGACGACAUGCACAGGGCCGGGCUCAAGAGGAUCGUGGUCGACCCCAUGGUUGUCACCACCUACCAGCAGGAGCCUAAGGCCGCGAUCUACGCCAAGGAGAACCUCUGGUCCGAGGUUACCAAGAUCAACGCAACCUCGUGGAAGGACGUCUCCUCGGCGCCAGCGAUCGACUGGUCGGAUGCAACAUGGCGCGUAAACUACACGCAAGUAGAGUGCUGCGACCUCGCGCCGGACAGGGACCAGGUCGACUGGAGCAAGUGCCGCAGGCAGGACCUGAUGGCUCCCACCGGGAACUUCACCGCAAGGUUCGCGAAGCUAUGCGACGUGCCGUGCGAGCGGCGGCAGCAGCUGCUGGGCGCGCUCACCCGGCGGGGGCGGCCGUCGCACCGGGUGGGGCAGCCGGGCGCCGCGGGUGGGGCGGGCGGCGGCGGCGGCAGCAGCGGCGGCGGAGGUGGCGGCGGCAGCGGCUUGGUGGAGCAAUGGGUGAAGCCCAAGGGGGAGCAAGAGGAGCUGGUCGCUCUGAUGGCCUACUGCCCGACCUGUAGCGUCUGA